UAACCACUGCGUUUCAACCUUUCUAAACAUUUCAGUUUUCUUUAAUACGGAGUAUGACUUGAAUUAGAUUGUAUGUGGACUUUUGAUUUUUCAAAUAUAUCUUAGAUGAGUUGUUAAGCUCCGAAUUGAGAAGGCUCAUUAUUUAAGGAGCUUCCUUAUUUACAAACUGUUGGAAUCAUACACAUUACCGAUGGCGUCUUUCCAUGACAACAUCCGGCCGCCUCCGAGCCAGCAGUUAGUGUCCGGGGACUCAAAAACCGAGCCGCCUUUCCUCGAGAACGCGGAAAGCUCAGUAUUAGCUAAAGAAACUCCACUGACAGCCAACGACCAGAACUCCGUGAACGAAAGCCCCGAGUCACCGAUUGACAUGGACCGGGAACCACCGGGGAUGACGUCACCGAUAGAUACAGGCGACCGGAAGUCAGAGGAGGAUGUGAUGCCUCCGGCAAUUGAUGGCCAGGGAGAGGAGAGACAAGGAGGGACGAACCAAAGCGCAGUGGCGCAACUCAUUGAUCGGGGAGAGUCUGCCGAACUGGAAACAACGGUCCGGUCCGAAAUACGAGGGAAUGAUACACCCAAACGCGGAUCUGGACGUGCUGGUAGCCCGCAUAACGCGGAUGACGGCGGCUGGCUGACACACCGGACACGAGGAAGCAAUGAGAAACAGAAACAGAGUGAGAAAGGCGGCCGGGUGCCGAGAGCGAUCUUGCAAAAACCCAAAGAGAGUCGAAACACGACGCCACGUGUUGUGCCAGACCCACUCUCCAUCAGUCUAGUGUUACAGAACGGGCGGAUACCGGCCGCCAAGCAGCAGUCCACGCUCUUCCGGGACAACAAGCAACCGAAGGCCUCCCCACGAGUCCAGGACGCCCAGAAUAAGGGGAAGACUGGUCGGGGCGAGCGUGAGUCACCGCUCCCGAACAAGGGAACCAAGCCUUAUCGAUCGGUUUUACAGACAACACUACGCGGUGAUGCACCUAGAACCCGGAAAGAAAAGGGCAAGACACAGAAACCAAAGUUGUCGAAAAGCGAGUGCCACUACGUCCGCCUGUGUAAGAUGGUUUCACGGGUGGGGUCGGACCUUUUACGCCUCGUGCUGUACCGUUACCUGGAGUCACAGCAGCCAUCCCGCCGCCUACCGCAGUUCCUCGCCACUAACCGCCGCCGCCUCCUUGGCCUCCAGCCAACGAAUAGCCUUUUACAGAAAAGGUGGGCUGUAUUGUUCCCGGAGGACGAAUCAAAAGCCAGUCUUGAGCAAUUCGACUCCGCCCUUCUCUUCUUCCUCCUCAGAUAUAUCUGUAACCUCAGGCGUCAUAACGACUUUCUCUGGAAGCGGAAGCCAGCUGCUGACGACUUAACGGAGGCGGGGGAGAUCGCGCGUCUCCGAGACAUCCGGAACUUCCUCGUCAACCUCUCCUGCCCUGCCCUGUAUGAGGACGAGUUUGACCGGAAAGUGCACGAACUCAAACAGGUAACGUUGCGUGUAUGCGGGGAAAGGCGGGCGGACGAACUUUUGCGCGUGCUGGAUGAGAUGCGGACGGAAGCGGUCCGAUUUCCGGAGCGCGACCAGUACCUCGACGCUCUCAACCAGUGGGCGGACGAAACUGGCGAUCGACAUAUAGCUCCCGCUCAACAAGCUGGGGAGACAACUCGUGAGAGAAUACAAAUUACGCGGCGGUUCCUUGAGCAUCACCGGAAUCCGCGCGUUUUCGUGAAAACGCGGGCCGUAACCCUGGCCAAGCAGAAACUCAUGAAGAACGGAUUCGUUAUCCUUAAAGGUAACAUCGGCGACGGUAAGACGACUGCGGCGGUGGCACUGCUGGUUUCACAGUUUGACGAAGACGAGUGCGCACUGCUGGCGGCCCCGGACCAAUGGUUGCAUGUCGAGCCGCGCGCCGUUUCAGCCGUUCUUGUGGACGACAUGCUAGGCAGCGGCUCCUUGGACGAGGACCGGCUCAAUGCUUGGGAGUCCAAAUUCGACUGGAUGUACGAGCGGUGCCAGGCGCGUGAGGGGCGGGCAGGGGUGCGGCUGGUGAUCACCGCCCGCCAUCACAUCCUGGACAAGUGCUGGCCCACCCUCAGCAAGUACAGACUCUUCGCCAGGGACAACAUUGUAGACUGCUCCUCGGCAGAGCUGACGUUUAUGGAAAAGCGGUCUAUGUUGGGGCGCCACAUUGUGGACACUGACGUUAUCGUCACUAAGACGGAGAUUGACAAGGCUGCGCGCGUUCACUCAUCGCGGCUCGGAUUCCCGCAAUGCUGCGCGCUCUUUGUCAGCCGGGAACAAUUUAUGCUCAAUGGAUCGCAGUUCUUUGAGCGACCCAUUGAGAUACUGUUCGAAGCCCUGGACCAGAUGUAUAACGGGGAUAAGUACGGCUACCUUGCCCUUGUUCUCCUCAUGUUCCAGAAAGACGCCAUAUUAUUUGUGGAUAAACUAAAGGAGUUCACGGAUGUGAAGUUCCGGGUGCGCGUGCUGGAUCUGGCGUUCCUGUGCAAAAUUCCAUUGAACGACCGAAUCAACACCUUCAUCAUCCAGGCUCUGCAGAACCAGUUGAGCAGUUUCGUGGACUACUACGCGGACCGAAAUUGCUACACGUUCGCGCACGAGAGCAUCAUGGAGUCGAUUACCGCGUCCUUCGGUGAGCGGCAUCCACAGGAAGUGCUGGAAGGUUGUGCGAUGCCGUUUCUGAUGGACUUUGUUGGGACGGACGGUGGGCUUGAAGAGCGACCAGAAGAGAUAUUCAUGAUGCGGGUACACAAACAAAACUUCCUCGUCCUCGCUAAGGUGUUCGUGCACAACAUAAUUGGUGGUGAGGCUAGGCGGAUAUCCCAGCACCGCGCCAUGAAGGACCCUCGAUUCCUCGAUUUUUUCUUCGACUAUCUCAAGGAUCAACCAGACAGUCGGAAGAUCAUCCUUGCGCAGGAUAAACACACCACGGACCCAAUGGACCAGAAGCGGAAAGUAGGUCUGCUCUACGGCGCAAUAGACCAGGACGUUUCCGACUUCUCCCUCGUCUCCGCCAUCCUCAAACUCGGUGCGCAUACAUCUAAUGAUAGUGGUCGGGAGCAGUGGUGUCGUGGGGAGCUGCAGGCUGCCUUGUGUCUUGCGGUUACGCGCGGCAGCUACGAGGUGUACAAGCUGCUGGCGGACGCCGGAGUCGAACUUCCGGACGCCCUGAUGGAGGAGGAGCAAUAUCUCGUGUCUGUGAACAUCGUCAGGGACAUCCUCUCCAGACGAUACUGGAGUGACGAGCAAAAGGACGUGGCGGUUGUUAAGGCAUCCCGGGGCCGGCACGCGGAGAGUCAUGAGGUGGUGACGCUUCUGCUUCAGGACUCUGCCUCCCCCAACUCCAUCCGUGCCGGAAGCACCGCUCUCUGUGAAGCAGUCAAGUCAGGCAAAUUAAAGAACGUUCAGCUUCUGUUGUCGAGCGGCUCGAGCGUGGAUGACCGUGACGGCUCCCAGCAGACGCCGCUACACCAUGCUACAGACUGGAACAACAUCGAGGUUAUUAAGGUGUUGUUAAAGAAGAACGCGGACGUGAACGCACGGGACGCGCUGGGUUUCACGCCGUUACUGGUUGCGGCGGGCUGGGGCCGCGAGACCGCCCUUGAGCUUCUGGUCGCGCGCCGCCCGAACGUGCUCGCCAUGGACGACCAAGAGAACACAAUCCUCCACAUCACCGCCGCAAACGGUCGAACAGCUGUCAUGAAGAUGAUGUUUGAUAAGUAUCCAAAGGAGAUGGAGUCUAUUUUAAUUGCACGAAAUCGCCACGGAUGGACACCUCUCGACUUUGCGCUCCGCUGCGGCCAUCUUGGUGUCACGCGACUCCUGAUAUCCACCAUUCUCCGGAAGACGGGCCUGAAGGCCGACGCGCGCACAUCAUCACGGACCUUCGUCCACACACGCUUCUUCGUCGUGAAGCUAGAGGACUUUAGCGCGGACGAGCGUUACCAGUACCGCUUCCUGAGCGAAGGAGUAGGCCGCACAUGCUUCCAAAUGCCGCGCUGCACAUGGUUCAUUCAGGCUGGAAAUAGAGACGAGUACGAGGAGGUGCGCCUCUUCGCCCUCAAGUACGAGAACAAACUACGACAGUGCUUAGCUAAAUCUUAGUCUGUAUUUUGUUAGUGACUGGUAAAUGCUUUCAAAUGUUCGAAUAUACGUUUCGCCACAUUAGGCCCAAAGAGCAUCAAAGAUUCCGUUAAAACUCUAGUCCCUACAGGUAUGUGUGUGCAUCUUUGUCAAUAGUGUUUCUGAGUUUCUGAGUUUCAUUUCUAAUAAGGGUGGCAAGUUGCCAUGGUAACCAAGACAACAAACAAGAUGGCUGCCAUUAUAAAUAUCUAAGCAUAUUUAUUGUGUAUGACUGAUCUUAAUAUAUUUAUUCUAAUUAUUUAGCACAACCAUGUAUUGACUUAACUGCGUGUAGUUAGUUACGUGGUGUUCUCGGUCCGCACCAUGUGUUAGAAAUUUAUGCCACCAUUUCCAUAUACUACCAGACUUUACCAAGCAUUACAACUGGUAUAUAACUGUUGAAAACCUAAAUUGUUGACAACUUAAAUAAUUCAUUCACGGCCAUUAUUAUUUAAAUCAUCAAAUUAUAUUAAUUGUUGUUGUUGUUGUUUCUUGUUGUUGUUUUAAAAAUGUAAAAGGAAUAGUAAACUUUACAUCCGAAUGAAGUGGUGUUGCAAUAUUGGCUGGUGUAUCUUCAGAAAUAUUGGCAUCCGUACAUAAAUUGCUGCAAAUAGUAAAGGCAAUACAUGUUGUGCUAAAUACAUAAAUUGCUGCAAAUAGUAAAGUCAAUACAUGUUGUGCUAAAUAAUUACACUUAAUAUAGUUUGACUAGUCAUGGGCUCAGAAAAUGGCGGCUUUCUUGGCUUUAGUCUUGAUUAACACAGUAACAUACAUGAUGCCAACUGUCCCGGCACCCUCGAAAAAAAGGAACUUUACCCAAAACAAAUGUACCCAGAAACGCUCUGGGCAAAGAAAACACACCACUACCUACAUGCUCUGUACUCAAAACGCUAUGUACGUGUUAAAUAUGACUAUGUGUAUAGUAUUAAUCAUGGUUGUGGCCUAGGACUGCUUUUAGGAAAACAAUAUAAAGCAAAGUUGUAAUAAAGGAUGAACAUAUCAACUUUGCUUGUGACAUUUGCUGAAAUGCUCUUUUUUUCAAACAUGAUGAGGUAAACUAAGAAGCAUCACUCAUUUCCCUAAACACACUAUAUACAGUGCAGUGCCGAAAGGGAGUGAACAUUUAACAGCUCUUUCGUCAAACAAACAAGUAAAACUUUAAGGAAAUUGUUACCCGUAAAAUAACUGGAGGCUAAUGAUUAAGUAAUGCUGCCAAUCGGGACCAGCAGAUGUCAAAUGCAACAACAAACAGCAAAAAAUAAAAUACAUCAGCAACCCCAUAACUGCGUU